GCGCAGCAUUAAGUGAUAUUCAACCAGGUGAAAUGUAAAUAUAGUCACAUAGCUAGAAUAGAACAGGCAGCUGUAGAAAGUCUUAUUUCCCAAUAUUAAAGUUGGGCUAGCCCAAAUAAGUGCAGGGAUUCUUAUAAAUAUCUUUAGAACCGGACGUAUUUUUAUAGCGACACAGCCAACAUGGACGGUGUAUCUCAGCGUGUUUUGGAGUAUUUGACAGAAGUUGAGGAAGGAGCGGAGGAUGUCCUCACCACUAAACAACAGAUUGUGGACCUGGACAAAAAGAGAAACAGGAACAGAGAGGCAUUGAACGUACUAAAAACUGAAAUGCCAGAUUCAGAGAAAGUGAAGGUUUGCUUUGGAAAUAUGUUCAUCAAAUUUCCCAAAUCCAAGACAAGAGAGAUGAUUCAGAAAGACCAGGAGCAGCUGGAAAAAGAGAUAAACAACCUUCGCAAAGAACUGAAAGCAAAAGUCAGUCGUCUCAAUGAGAUGCAAGGUAUGCCUGAGCUGAGAGGCUACAACCUUUCUCCUCUAUCCACUGAUGAAAUCAAAGCUAUGAACAACCUGUUGAAGAGAUAACAUCAGAUCUGCAAACCAUUUCAUAGUUCUGAGGACGUAAGGACAAAGAGCAUGUUAACAAGUUGCCUAAGAGCUUUACCUGCAACCACGGUACUAUAAUGUGCUAUCCUCUGGAUGAUAUCAUACCAGCUUACUGCUACUUGGAUGGUGUUUGGGUUAUUUCACCUUUUGCCUUCAUUUUCUCCUCCAAGUACAUUUGGCUAACUUGGGUGUUUUGUUUACAGUCUGCCUGAAUGUUUGACUGCUUAUGUUUCUUGUGCCAAUGGACUUCUUCUUAGCAUGUUCACUAUGUUCCCAGAUCUCAGCAAUUACUUUGGUGAAUACAGUGUUAUAACCUAUAGAACUGAGGACUAGAGCUAUGAAGAUACAUAGCGCAAGUAUUUGGACAGUUUUAUAUUUUUUGUUCUUCAGACGCUGAGCUUCAGCGCAUUCAACUUGAAAUAAAACAAGAGUAGGUCAAAACCUAGUAUACGGCUGAACCACCCCUUAUCUGUUUUCUUCUCUCCUACUCUCUGUGCUCACAUACAGUAUACAGUAUUUUAAUACAUGUGAAUUCCCAUUAAGCUGUUCUCAUUUACGUUUUUCUAUUUCGGUUGUCAGGCAACAUAACAAGUAUGAAAUACUGACUGAAACACGGCCCAUUAAAACUACAUGUUAACAAGCAGUCACUUGGAAGCCAUUUCUGCUGCACUGCACAGCUAAAAUCCUCAUUUUAAAACCGCUACAUUGUCUCGCAAAAACACCAUACACAUACGUUUAAAGACAAUUGCUGUGCUGUGGUGGUCUCAGACUUUUGGACCUCGCUGUAAGUACAGUUAGUAUUAAGUAUUUUGACAAUGAUACAAUGUUUGUAAUUUUGCCUCUGCACACCACAACAAGGAAUUUAAAACAAAGCCAUUGUGAUUGAAGUGUAGACUUUCAGCUUUAAUUAAAGUCAAAUUUUGAUAUUUAAUUUGUUCAGUGUGAAUAUCCAGUUGAAGAACUGCACCUUACAUUUGGGGAGAUCUCCUGGCACGUUUUGCACUUUGACACCUUAACUCUUGGCAGUUCUGCCUUUGUUUUACUCCACUUUUGGUUCGUCUUCAGUUUUUACUUAGUCUCGCUUGAUAGUAUUUUGAAAGUUUUAUCAUCUCUUGCAGUGACUAUUUAACAGGUCUAGUUAGGGAGAGCGAAAAUAUCAGAGUUUAUCCGACACCAGCAUCAGCAAGAUCAAGAAAGCAGCAGAGGCUGCAUCACAGUCCUUCUGGCUGUUGGCAAAGCCAUCCUCAGCCUUAAUUCCACUCCAUCCACCUCGAGCAAUGUCAUCAGCUGAGUAGCCCUGCUUUCAGACACUUGUUGCUUGACAACUGCUGCUACCGUGGGAGCACUGCAUCACUGGAAAGCUGCGAGUGGAAUCAGCACCUAAACACUUCUGUUCUAACCAAAAGGGGCCAGCUCCAAAUCGACACAACCGAGAAGGCUAAACAUUACUUCUGCUGUCUAUGAUGAGAGUUGGUGUUGGGUAGUGCUCUGAAUUAUUAAUAUUAUUAUUCCUAGAAAAUGUAUUCAUCCCCAUAGUGUUCCAUUCUCUGAUAAUCCAAAUUCACAAACUGUACUUCAUUAUUCAACUUAGUGACCAGUUCAAUUAUCCUUCAAAGAUCAAUUUUAUUCAUCUGUUUGAUUCUGACCUCAUUACUCUUUAUUCAUUAUUAAUACUGAAUUUAUUUAGUUGCUUAUAGACAUUUAGUCACAAUAAAUAUCAUCAUUUAUUGUCAAAUCUUGUCAGGUAUGUUCUUUUAAGGCAAGAAACACGAGGUCCCUGACCUGAGAACUUACCUACUUCUGAUUAUAAGACUGAUUAAUUGGUUUUAUCUGUUUUCCUUAUACAAAACAUAAGGUGGUGCCCUAAAACAAGUGCUAGUUUAAAUUUACAUGUAAAGUGUGGCCUUUGUUCCGCUACAGCAGCAUUCCACUUGGUGAAGACCAAACUAAAGGCACAGAGACCCCAAACAAACAAGAGCUGAAUGUGACUGCAGUGAAGCUUUGGGAGAGCAUCACCAGGGAAGAUACAAAAUGACUGCUGAUGUCUUUGGGUCAGGGACUUCAAGCAGUCACUGAUUUUCCACAUCAUAAUAAUAAAUAUGAUUCUAAUUGACUACAUGUGUUUCUGUCCAAUUACUUUUGAGCCCCUAAAAUUUGGGCACUAUAUGUUUAAAGGGCUAUAUCUCCUACACAAUUCUUUCUGUGUUGAUGUAAAUCAAUUUAAAGCUGAGACUUGGCCCUUCAAUGUAGUAUCCAAUAUUUUAUUUCAAAUCAAUGUGCUGAAGCUCAGAGCCUGAAGAACAAAAUAUGUGUAACUGUCCGAAUAUUUCCAGCCUUGAUGUUAUUAACCAUAGUUUUCCUUUAAACAUUUAUUUUUAUUUUUUAUUUUUUUAAUUGCUCUGUGGGAUUGAACAGAGGGACUGAAAGACAUGACCUGACAUCCUGUAUAGUUUGGGGGUCCAGUGAAAAAUCUAAUUCGGCCAUGUAGUUUGUUCAUGGUCACAAGAUGGCAGUACAGUGAAGGUGUCAGCAGAGACAUAGAGCCUUGAUUCAUCAUUUGCCUCCAUAGCCUCAGAACUAAUAUUCAGUUCUCUGGGAGUAUUGCUGCAUUGCUUUAUAAUAAGCAGAAUUACACACCACAGCUGUGUGCUUGGAAGCUUGGAAUUUAGUAAAAUCCUAAAAUUUAGCAAAUCUUCAAUGUAGCAAACAUACUGAAGCUUUACUAAAUUGUAGCAAAUUGGUGUAUGGUGUAAGAUGUCAGUGUUUUAUUGGUUUUCUUUUAUUGCGUUUAUGUUUUGUCCUUUUUUAUUAAUGAUCCAGUCUUUGAAUA